CGAAUACCUCCUCAUCUGGAUUCUAGCUUCAUUCACGCCGUGGCUGGCCCUGCGCUUAAUCCCCUGCAAACACAGACCCAGGUCUGGGAAUGACAUACUUUCUUUGCAGCAGAUGUCCAGGCAUAGGAAAGCUGGCUUCUAACCAACGGCUUCGACCUUUGCUGGCACAACAUCGCCGACCCCAGCACGUCUAGCGUUGAUGCUGUGUCCUCGCCUGACCCGCUGAAUGAACCCACUAUAUCGUUUCCUAGCUUUGAGCCUCAGUCCGCGUCGCGACGCGUCACGCGCAGCCAGCGAUCGCAAAAAUCCCCAUCGCAAGUCGAGGCACCCAGAAUACAGAUUAUUCAGUUGGAAGGAGGGGAAUCUUCGUCGCCACAGCGGUUACUGGUCACGGUCGAGACGGAGGGCCAUCGAGCCGACGACAAGAUGGCCACAGCUUCGAGCGGCACGAGGAGGAAGCUGUUUAGGUCCCCGGUACCUCAGUCGCCCACAGUGCGGCGCAUUGGCGAUGAUACCAUCACAACCUCAGUCCCGCUGAGGGAAUCCGGCGAAGAUGAGCUCACAACAGCGACGACACCAGGGAGGAGACGGAGCCGCCCUCGAUUACUCAACGGAACACCCAUGCCGGCUGCGGGGGUGAAGAGGAGGGCAGGAUCACCGAUCAGUCGAAACCCACGCCGUCAACGCACCGAGAGAUUCACAGGAGGAAAUGAUACAGAGCUACACCUUGACGAGAAGGAGAAUAUUGAAUCCAUGACGCCAAAAUCCCCGAGACGAGGGCGUCCACCCAAAAAUCCGGCAAAUGUCCAAUCCACCACGCCAAAAGCAUCCCCAAGACGAGGACGUCCUCCCAAAAACCCAGUUGUCGAACCAUCUAGCGGGCUUGACACUACGAAAAGAGGGCGGAGGCGGCGAGCAAUGGCGCCCGAUGAAUUGGUCGAAAUAGCUGAGGAAGCGAAAGCAGCAGCGGAAAGGAGCUUUGUGCAGAAUAGCGGCAGGACAAUUGAAGCAAACAGAGCAAAUUCCGCACUUGCUCACUCGGAACAGCAGGUCGAAGUUGAUGCAGUCUCCAACGCAGAUGCAGCAUCCGAUAUAUGGAUGAGAACAAUAGUCGACGAAGCGACACCUAGACCCGCGGUACGACCUUCAGCCACACAGUCGCCUUCAAAAGGCAGAUCGACAGGCGGUAGUGUGAGAAAGAGAAAGGCCGACCGAAGCUAUCAUGCUCCAGAAACUAGCGAUCACUCUUCCGUGGAUGACCAACCUAAUGACUUUAGCUCCCAGAAUAACGAUACGAUCGCACAAGGCGAAGACUUUAGUAUGAUCUUCAUGGAUUCUAUUCCGUCUUUUCAAGGGAACCUCAGCGCCAACGGCACCUUCAUGUCCACACUACAUGAAGACGAAGAGCUUGGCGAGGAGACACACAUUAUCAUUAACAACACUCUGGCAUCCCUCAGGCGAGAAGUUGCGCAGACCAGUGACCCAGUAGAGGAUGUUACGGAAACCAUCGCGAUCCCUGACAUCCCGGAGACCGAAGAACCAGCAGAAGAGGUAUUUGUCCCGAUUAUACGGGAAUCUGCUAGAAGUGUGCGCCUGAGCUUGAGUCCAUGGUGGUCCCGGAAGCCUAAGAAGAUGGGCACAUCACCACUUAAGCACCAGGCCUUGAUGAGAUCAGCCGCAAAACGAUCAGGGAGAAUAUUCAGCGUAGAGCAUACGGAAGAGCCGACACCGACUAAGGCUGGUAAACAGACGGCGUCCACGUACUCUCGCGAACAGCACCCGAAUGUUUCUAGCGAUUCAUUUUCUGAGAUUCCUCAGAAUUACCUCGAUGCUCCGACCCCCAAGCCUAUAAACUUUGCUGCCCCUCAAGCUGACCGGGAAGUCGAUUUGAUGAAAUUCGGAUUGGAGGGGGGGGAUGAGGGCCAGGUUGAGCUGGAACAUGCUCAAGAUAUUGACGAGCCGCAGGAGGAAGAGGAGCCGCAGGAGGAAGAGAAACUCCAAGAGGAAGAGGAACUCCAAGAGGAAGAGGAAGAGGAACUCCAAGAGGAACUCCAAGAGGACCUGGAGGAAGUGGUGGAGGAAGAACCGGUAGAGGAACUGGAAGAAGAACCAGCGGAAGAAAACGCCACAAGAGGGAGCGUACUGGGUGGUAUGAUAGGAUAUCUUAGGAGAAGACUGUCAACCUUUGAGAUGAGCUCACCCGUGCGUCAUGUCAUUGAAGAAGAGGGAGAAGAGGAGGAGGGCGAAGAAGCAGAAGAAGACAACCAGUACGACGAGCACGAAGAAUACGAAGAGCAAGAAGAACCGGAUGAGCAGCAGCACGAACAACAUUACGAAGAGCAGUACAAAGAGCAACGCGAAGAGCCUGGGCAUGAAGAGGAUUUGCAAGAGCAGAGGCUCGAUUCCGAUUUGCCAGAAUUAGAGGAAGAAAAAGAAUAUGAAUUAGGGGGAUACGAAGACGAGGAGCCGGAAACAGUUGAAGAGCAUGAGGAACAGGCAGAAGUGGAGGACCUUGAAGAGCAUCAAGAGGAGCUCGAGACCCAUACCCCAGAAGAGGAGGUGGAAGAAUACGCCGAGCAAGAAGAGGAUAUUGAGGAAUACCCAGCACAUGAGGAGCACGAGGACCAACAGCAGGACGACCAUGAACAUGAAGUCAACGAAGAUCGCGAAGAUCACGAAGACCAAGAGGAAUAUCCAACGACUUUUCAGAUACACGAGUUCUCAGACCGUAUGAGAGCAGGUAAUCAUACGCACGAGCAGCCAGAUCGCGAUGACAUUCAUAUUGACGAAGAAAUGCGUUCCAUUUCUCCGGAACAACCACCUGAGCAGCUAGAGCCUACGCCAGAGCGGGAAGAGCAGCCAGCAAAGGUCACGCCCCUCCAUCAGAUGUCAUCGCCGCUGCAGGAGCCUCAAUCUCUGCCACAAGAACAAGUACCGGAGAAAGCAGUACGAUCUAACUUCUCUUCCAUUAUGCGAGCUGGCCGAGUUUUACAAAGCGUUACUUCCGACCCUCCUUCCCCACGAGUCCGAGAGAUGUCCCUAGGAAGCCCAUUCAGAAGCUCCGCAAACAAAGAGCCGUCAUACACCUCCAAAGAAGACAGGCACCAACUUUUAAGCAAAAGUCCACCACAGCCGAUGAAUUUUGGUAGUAGCCAGUUGACUGCUGUCAAGGUACCUGUAAACUAUGGAGCUACUGCUGAGAUUCAGGCUUUUGGUAUGAAUGCAAAUGGUAUGGACCCUGCAUACGGCCACGGCACAAGGGAUUUCGCGCAUAAGAAACGACUGUUAUCAAGAGAAUCGAUAGCAAGUUCUUUGGGCAACACUCCAUCGAGUAACGGUGCCGCGCACUGGGCGGAAAAUGAGGGGCCCUCAAGCCCUAGCGUGAGGAGAGAGAGAUCAUUACUACAAGCAGCGCGUUCAUCGGUUAUGAGAAAUACGAUUCGUCUUGGUCAGGUUGACGGUGCUGCAGAGGAAUUAGAUAUGGCCGAGGAAGAGGAGCAAGUGGCAGAAGAACAAAUGGAAGAAGAACAGGUGGAAGAGGAGCACAUGGAAGAUGAGUACAUGGAUGAACAAGAAGUGGACGAAGAGCAAGCGGGAGAGGAAGAAAUAGGAGAGCAGCAUAUGGAUGAACAAGAAGUGGAGGAGGAGCAUGCGGAUGAAGAAGUGGAAGAGCAAAUUGAAAAUGGACAGCAUGAAGAGGAACAGGAAGAGCAGGAGGUAGAAGGGGCAGGAGAAGGAGAAGAAGAAGAAGAAGAUGAUGACGAUGACGAUGACGACGAUAUCGAUAUUUGGGAGUACGAAGCUCAGCGGGAGGUACCACCUCGUCCGGAACUACCUCAUCAAGCAUUGCAGUCUACGACGGUGUCUAUAGCACAAGGCCAUAACGUGGUACCGGGUCCUUCAACAUCCUGGAGAGAUACACAGCAAGCAACCGCCAAAUUUCCUACUGAUGUGUCAAAGACUGCUCAAGUGAAGCGGACAAUCGACCGGCACUCCAACGAGAAUGUUGGAGAUGAAGAACUUUCUCCAAUUUCACGGAAUCAACAGGACAAAGAGCCAGAAACUGCGACCAAAUCCAAGCGAUUUGACCUAUCAUCCUUUUUUUCCUCGCCAGCGGCGAUCACAGGAAUAUUGGCUGAGAAAUUUCGGUCGGUGAAACACCAAGCUCCUGCCCAGCCAACUCAACAAGCAGAGUCUACCAAACCUAGACAGGAGCCCCCAGCGAUGUCCCCCACAUCGAUAUUUCCGAGACUUCCAAAUGUUACUGGACAGCCAAGCCUUCAUCGUGCAAAUCCUAUAUCUUCACCAAUUCUCUCUGAUCCACUAGAUGAUGAUGAUCGUACGAAUGAACGCUCUUCAUCACCAGCCUCUCCCGAAAGAUCUCAUCUUACUACCAUUUCUCAGAAGCAAAAUUUUAUGCCGCGGCCAAGGCAGGCCAGUAACCCACUCUUCCAGCCCACUUCAUCUCAUGCUGCGGCGACUCCACCGAGGACGCAGUUGACUCAUGAAGAUAUUCAGAAGUGGCAACAACAAACAUCGAAUGCCGAUGAAAACUCGUCGAACUCUCGACCUUUACUGAGGCCGUUACCAUCAAAACAUGCCUCACCAAAGAAAUCAAGUCUCCGAUCUCCUCUAAAGCCACAUACACCAGGGCGGGUUGUUGAGUUCACAAGCAAUGUGCUAUCACCUGCAGAGCAAGCUCGACUUCGCGAACUCCGUAACCGAGCAAACGAAGACGUGUCAGGGGAGGAUAUUAGCGUUGUCCCUACUACAUCAACCCGAGUAGAGCCGCGUGCAGGCAAGGGAAGUAUGGCUAGUAGGCAACAGCAGAAACAGCCGCCAACAAUUGUUCCAUCAAGGAUUAUCAAACCUGCGGGCAUAACAAAGAAACGACCAACAAAGAGGCGUCGGAGACGGGAGCCGCCCUCAGAGACGGUUUGGACGCGUCAACACUGGUUAUUCCUUGACACACUCCUACAAAUGCGGCGAAAGAGCCCCUUUAGCGAAAAGUACGCGCCAGUCUCUCAAAAAUACCUCGGAAAAACGAUCACUAGCAUGGGCGAAUCCAUGGUACUAGAGAAAUGGCACCUCGAAUGCAUCGACGCCUUUAAGUCUCAAAUCGGCGGCUGGGAUGAAGGCGAACUCGCUAAAAGAUUAUUUGCGCUCAUUCUCGGAGAAGCGAAACGCCGUCGAAGCUCUAUGAAUCGGUCUCCCGGAGUUAUAUUCCAUUGAUUGAAAUUAGGAUGAGAGAGAGUUAGAGGUUGCUUUCUAGCCUAUUGACUUUUUUGUUCUAUUACUGCUGUCAAGUUUGCUUUUUUACGGCGGCAGAUUGGCACAAAGCCAAUUUUUUUUUUUCUGUGUGUGUUAAAAUUUUGAUAUAGCAUUUCACCGGUGUUGGAAACCAAGGAUCAGGAAUGAAAAUGAACUAUGCAUGAGUGGCGUUGGAAAACGGAACGGGUUUCGAUUAACGUUUUUGGUUUGGCUCCGGUUUGGUUUGCUUCUUCAUCAUGUUGUAUUUAAAGGGAAAAGAUACCACUUUGGCGGUUCUGGCUGUUUGUCUCUCAC